UCUGGAGUGGUUUAAGAGCUGGAGCGAGCAAUCACCAUUGGCUGCAGCGUGUUUACUGCCUGGGGUUUUUCUGCAGAGACUGUUUACGAAAAGGCGCUUGAGCAGAUCCGAUUUAAUCGGCUCCCGCAUUUUAAGCACUGCUUCAGAGAUUGGGAGUGUGGCGCUGGCUGCAUCAGUAUGCUUGCAUUCAGCGACGGCUCUGCAGAUUCGAAUGAGGAGCCGGCUCGCAGAAAUGCAAUGGGUUCUGAGCCAACUACUUCAUAACAGGAUCAAGACAGUCGGGCGAGACAAGGGAGCGCUUAGGGCUUGUGCUGAGCAUGCAUGGGCAAAGUUCAUAUGUGCAUGUGAAGGAGGGCACAUACUUGUGUCACUACAAUGUUCCCUUUCUUCACUUCUAGAGUGUACCAAUAACCCAUCUAUUUUUGACCCAUCAAUGGCUCAUUUGCUGCAAAGUAGGAAUUUGGCUGGUGUUUCCUAUAAACUAGCGAUAUGCCCAUGCUGUCUAAAUGCGAUGAUCACUCGAAGACCCUUUGAGGCAUAUCAAUAUGACGGCCACCUUUUACUUUGGGUCCACAGUGCUAUAUUGCCGCUUGCUUAUUAAAUUGCAGCCGUAGUGUAGAUGUAGUGUGUUUUAUAGUGA